AUGUACAUCAAGCAGAUCACAAUCCAGGGUUUCAAAAGUUACAAGAACCAGACUGUGGUCGACCCUUUCUCGCCGAAGCUGAAUGUUGUCGUCGGUCGCAAUGGCUCUGGAAAGAGUAACUUCUUUGCCGCCAUUCGAUUUGUUCUCAAUGAUGACUACCAAAAUAUGGAUCGCGAGCACCGACAAGCCCUUCUUCACGAAGGUCAUGGCUCAGCAAUCAUGUCUGCGUAUGUGGAACUAGUCUUCACACAAUGCGGUCAGCGCUUUCAGACGAACGACGAUGAGCUUAUUUUGCGCCGCACCAUCGGCAUGAAGAAGGACGAAUACACUGUCAAUCGCAAGAACACCACAAAAGGCGAAGUCAUGCAGAUGCUUGAAACUGCCGGCUUCUCUCGUCAGAAUCCCUACUACAUUGUGCCACAAGGUCGCAUCACGCGCUUGACCAACAUGAAAGAUUCUGAGCGAUUGGGCCUUCUCAAGAGCGUCGCAGGAACACAGCACUUCACGGCUAAGAAGGAAGAGUCGAUGAAGAUUCUCAAUGACACCAACAAUAAAUUGACGGCAAUUGACGACAUAUUCAAGCAAAUCAAUGAUCGGAUGAGCGAUCUCGAAGAGGAACAGCAGGAGUUGCGCGAAUUCCAGGAGGCAGACAAGGAGAGAAAAGGCCUGGAGUGGGCUUUAUACUCUCGAGAGCAAAAUGAGAUCCAGCAUUCACUCGACAGCAUCGAUCAGAAUCGCGACCGAGGCAUUGAUGGAGCCGAUGAAGGACGCGCCAAGUUCGAUGAGGGUGAAGAUGCCCUCCAAGAGAUCCUGGAACACAUUCAGACCUUGAAGCAGGAAAUUUCUACCGCCAGAAUCGAGAAGAAGCAGUACGAAGAUGAGAGACGAGACAAAGCCAAGGAGCGUGCACAGGUCGAUCUCGAUGUCAGAAAUAUGCGCGACUCGCGUGACGCCUCACAGAAUGCCAGAGCUGCCCGAAGCACGGAUAUAAAGUCUUUAAAGGCCCAGAUCAAGCAGGCAGAACAAGAUCUUGCCAAGAUCACCCCAAAGUUCGAUGCUGAGUCCAAGAAAGAGAAGGCUGUGAAGGCACGGCUCGAUGAGGACGAGGCUACUCAGCAGCGAUUAUACGGCAAACAGGGCCGAAACGCUCGCUUCAAAUCGAAGGCUGAGCGCGAUGCGUGGCUGCAGAAACAAAUCGAUGAGAGCUUCGAGGCCUAUAGUUCGUUCAGGUCGACCAAGCUCACAACGACCGAGAAUAUUGCCGCAAUCGAAAAUGACAUCGAGAAAGCCGAGAAUGACAUCAAGCAGAUGAAGACUCAGAUUGACGAAGGAGGCAACACAUUCGAGAAGCAAAUUCAGACCAAGAUUCAAGAACGCGAUAAUCUGAUGGACGAACGAAAGCGACUCUGGCGUACCGAUGCUUCGCUCGAAUCGACACUCAGUGCGAGUAGGGAGAAAUUGCGUCAGCACGAGCGUGCGUUAUCGCACAUGAUGGACCACAACACGUCUAAGGGACUGGAUGCUGUGCGUCGUAUCAAGCGCCAACAUAAUCUCACCGGCUGCUUUGGCACACUAGCCGAGCUGAUCACCGUGCCGGAGCAUCACACUGCGGUCGAAGCGGUGGCCGGCAAUUCUAUCUUUCACUAUGUGGUUGACACAGAUGAGACUGCGAGCAAGUGCAUGGAGAUCCUGAACAGAGAACGAGCAGGCCGCAUCACAUUCAUGCCGCUCAAUCGUCUUCACCCAAAGGCAGUCAACUUCCCACAGGCACAAGAUGCGAGGCCAUUGACGGAGCUGAUUCAGUUCGACCGGAAGUACGAGAAAGCUGUAAAUCAAGUCUUUGGCAGAGCCAUUGUGGCACAAAAUCUUAGCGUUGCCUCACAAUACGCACGAACUCAUGGCCUGACCGCGGUGACUCCUGAGGGUGAUCGCUCGGACAAGAAGGGCGCACUGACAGGUGGCUACCAUGACCAACGACACUCACGUCUGAAGACUGUACAAAUCGUCAAUGCUGCUCGUGCAGAGUUCGAGGCAGCCGAGGAAGAGCUUCGCACAACCAGAGACAACAUCGAGCGACUGAGUCAGCGGAUCACGAACGCUGUGGGUGAGGUACAGAAGCUUGAGCGCGAGCAAAAGAAGACCGAGGGCAAUGUCAAGCAGUUCCGGCAGGAUAUCGCUUCUAAGACCGAGUUGCUCGGCCGAUUAAAGAACGAUCUAGAGUCCAAGAACAAGCAGGCAGAGACCAUCGCUGCCCGCAUGAAUGAGUUGGAGCAACAGCAGACCGUCUUCGGGGCUGAAAAGAACUCAGAGUUCAAGAAGGCAUUGACCCAAGCAGAAGAAGCUCAGCUCGAGAAAGCAACGACCAGCGUGCAAAAGCUACGGCAAGAGUACAAUCAGCUUGCAUCGGCCAGAGCAGAAGUCGAAGCGCAGAAACUUGAAAUCGAGCUGAGAUUGAACAGCAGUCUCAGACCUCGACUUGCGGCUCUGGAGGCCUACGAAGAUGACGAGGGCUCACCGUCGACAACUCUCCAGUCGCGUGAGCGUGAAAUGGAGCGGCUCAAUGCGGACUUCGAUAGCAUUGUUCAGCAACUCAAGCAACUCGAGGAUUCGAUUGAAACGAAGUCUACGCAGGUUGCGGAGCUCGAAGCCCAGGCUGCCGAGACCCGACGAGCGCAGGAGGAGCUGCAGAAGUCGAUCGACAAAGCCCAGCGACGACUCGAGAAAGCAGUGCAGAAGCGGGCAACGUUGAUUGCCGCCCGGCAAGACGUCGCGGAAAACAUUCGUGACCUCGGUGCUGUUCCUGAGGAAAUGAAGGCCAAGUACAAGCGGACUGAAUCUGACAAGAUUGUCAAGCGACUACAGAAAGUCAAAGACUCGUUGAAGAAGUACACAUCGGUCAACAAGCAUGCCUACGAGCACUAUCGCAAAUCACAGAAGGCACGAGAGGAGCUGGAGCAGCGACGUGAAGAACUGAACAAAGGCAAGGAGUCUAUUCAGCGUCUCAUCGAAUCGCUCGACCAGCGCAAAGACGAGGCUAUCGAGCGCACCUUCAAACAAGUCUCGAAGGCAUUUUCGGAAGUGUUCAAAAAGCUGGUUCCGGCCGGCUACGGUCGUCUCAAGAUCAUCAGAGAUCGCGAUGUACGAGAGAACGAGGACGAAUCCGAGGACGAGCGUCCGAGGAAUAAGAAAGGUAUUGAGAACUACCGGGGCGUGGACAUCUCUGUCAGUUUCAACAGCAAGCACGAUGAUCAGCAGCGAAUACAGCAGUUGAGUGGCGGGCAGAAGAGUUUAUGCUCUCUUGCCUUGAUUUUUGCCAUUCAGGCUACCGACCCGGCUCCUUUCUACAUCUUCGACGAGAUCGACGCCAACCUGGACGCUCAGUAUCGCACAGCUGUAGCGGAGCAUCUUCACUAUCUCGCUGAGAAGGGCAACGAGGAGUCUGAAGAUGGUGAAGAAGACCCAUCCGGCGGCCAAUUCAUCUGUACCACUUUCCGACCGGAGAUGUUGCGGGUGGCAGAGAAGUGCUACGGCGUGACGUUCGCCAACAACGUCAGUGCGAUUCGUGUCGAGAGCAUGGAGAAUGCUCUGGACUUUGUGGAGAGCCAGACUCAGUGA